GCAAGUUUGAUUCUUUUUAGUGGGUUUAUAUAUAAGAUCUUGUUCACAUUUAUAUAUGCAUAAUUUGUAAUUUUAGAAUAAACAAUAUCAAAUUAAAAAGGAAGAAUUCUAUUUUUCACCGAAGAUGAGCAAUCAUAUCAUGAGGAACCUUAUUUUCGUUUCAUAUCUACUGAUGAACAUAAAUGGACUAUGCUCUGCGGAUAAUGCAAUUUCAGACGCCGUCGGGCCACCCGUCACAACUUCAAAACCGUCAACAACAAUGUCUUCUAUUGUUAAAACUGCAAACGGAUCACCACUGUACUUCUCGGAAACACAAACACCGAAAGGGGAAGAGCUUAUUUCGACUACUGGGGCCAGUAACCACAACUCAGUCGAACCUCCUGGUUCCCGAACAUCUACACACGCAGACGGACGUCGAAAAUCAACAGAGACGCAAAGUUCAUCUAAAACGGUUCAAGGAGAAAUUACUGAAACUGCGACAAUGCAUACAUAUUAUUUGACAACAAAUACAUUACCAGGGUUGUUCACAGGGACACAGGGAGCACACGGACCUCCGACUUCUGGUUCCCCGGACCCAGUUAGUUCCAACAAACAUACAACAUCGGAAAUUUCGUCUGGUUCGUCUAAAUCAUUAGAAUCUUCCGGUUCUCCUGUGUUUACGGUUUCUAACCAAUCACCUCCAGCAGCUGGCCCGCCUGCGUUCACUCCUCCGGGUUUGACGGGUCCACAAGGUUAUAGCAAUUCGUCGCAAGCACAUGGCCCACCUGCUUUCGCUCCUACGGGCUUAAUGGGUUUACAAGGUCCUAACAAUUCGUCACAAACACAUGGACCACCCGCAGCUGGCCCGAUUGCGACAACUGGAUUCACAUUGAUUUAUAAUCGGAAUCCAAAGAAUACGUCUGAUGCUCCAAAAACAACUCAAAAUAUGUAUUAUAAGAUCACCACAAAUGCUCCUAUUUUAUGGAUAGACAGACCAUACUUAUUUGAUGAAAACUUCGAUCUCGUUGAUUUCAUAAAAAGUGUUUGUCCAUAUACGAAGUCUUGUCGUGAAGAAAACAAGGCCAACGUUAUUGAAACAUAUGACAGUUGUUGUUCAAAAUGUGACUGUUCCGAUGAGUGUUUCGCUAAGGGCAACUGUUGCUAUGACAAAGAAAUGCCAAUGCAUAUGAAUUAUCAAAAAACUCCAAUGUCUUCUUUAAACGAGUCGUGUGUUUUUCCGACGUAUGGGCAUUCAAACAUACAAGCCUUACUCGACUUCAAUAAAAAGUCAGUUUUAAUGAUUGACCAUUGCCCGAAGGAGAAAGACGCACAUGGACAACAGGGCAACCAAAGCUUGUCAGAAAGUUCAUGCGAGUAUUCGGGACUUGCUGGAAUUCUUAGUAUCCUGGACUUAGCCCCUGUUUAUAGUUCUGAGAAACUAGUGAGCUAUACAAAUCAACACUGCGCUAUGUGCAAUGCUGCUUCACAAUCUUUGGUUCCAUGGAAUCGGACUACUUUAACUUGUCAUUUCACUUGGUUAUUCGUGCAAUUAUUUGAUUUUUCUACCAGCAUUGAGUCUUUCCUACAAAAUUUAAAACAGACUGGAUGCAUAAUGGAAUUCCACUCACCUAAUCACAACAGUGUAGAAUGUUUACACCAGGACGCGUUGAUAUCAGACUGUGACGAUAAUUUUUCUUUCCUCUUCAAGCCGAAAAUACGAGACUAUUGUAAAAAUAUAACAAUCCCGUUCGGACGAGGUGGUAAUCUAUAUAAAAACGUAUUUUGUUUCGGAUGUAAUGAAUUUAAGGGAAACAUUCAUGAUUUUGCAUGUGAGAGUUAUACUUCCGGUUACGGUUAUGAUUUUGGAAAUCCUGAGGCAGAAAUUGAUGUCAAUGCAUUAGAAGAAGGUUUACUUAAGCAAUCCCAAAAUAAAUCUGAAAUGGUUUUGGACAAAAUGUGUGCUGGAGAGGAAGGUUUUAUUUACAAUCGAUACAUGAAUCAAUGCCUGACCUACGUGUGUGCACCUAGCAAAGUGAACGUCAGUGGCCAAUGUUUGUCUGUUAUAAAAAGUCUGAAAAAUGUCGCUUUCGACUACAAGGUAACGUAUAGGUUUAUUGUUGGGACUGUUAGCUACGAAAAGUACCUGUAUGAGGAUAAAACAAUUAAAAUGAUGACUAACAACAAUAUUGUCAACAUAUGUCGCAGAAAAAUCAAGACCACAGCGUCACUACGAGACUACCAUGUAACAUACGAUACGUUACUAUCACGUCUGAUAACGGAGAUGACACAUAUUGAGAACGAGUUUAGUGGUUUCAAACAGAGGUACGAAUCUGUAGUAAAUCGCAGUGAAAAAAUUGAACUAAACAUAGACCACAGUGGUUAUGAGUUUUUACCUCUUGGGCAAAUUGAUUUUAUACGUUUCAAAGGUAUGGAAUCCGUGAACGAAUGUCCGGAAGGCAUUGCAAUGGUAGAUCUACAAUUUUGUGAUGCCGUUAUGUUCCGUAUAAUUUCGGAUCAAAGAGACAGCGAAGGAAUGCUUGUAAUAAAUGCAUUGAAAUUCAAACCAUCAGAAUAUUUGGUUCGCCUGCAGCCAGUGAACGACACUCUCGUGAUGUAUGCACAGAUUUGCAGUGAUUUGUUUUCAAGAAAGCUAGAGGCGUUGGAAGACAACACCACAAUUACAAGUAGCACAAUUAUCACAAGUUAUAGACCAGUCUUAAUGCUGUGUUGUAUAAUAUUUUCUGUCACAAGACUAAUUUGAACUUAAUUUCUCAUAAUUAUUUAUGAUAUCGUCUGAUCAAAACUGAAAACACAAAGUAAAGAU